ACUUCUUGGUGCCUAUCGAUACCUUUCACCUCAGGCUUGGGAAGUAUCCAAGCUCCCUAAAUAGUUGGGGAUCUAUCGACACAUGCCCGACCUUAGAGAGAAUGACGACGAUUUCUGUAGAAAGCUCCCGUCGUUCUUUCUCGAUCACCUGCCAUCGGUCACAUACCUUCGAAUCUCAACAUGCCACGCCGACUGCUUCGUCUCUCGACAGUAUCAUUGGUACAAUAACAGCCAGAAAGAAGAAAAAGACACGUUACCUUGGGACGUCUUCUCCCUGCCGAAGCUCAAAGCAGUCCACUUUCAUGGAAUUCUUGUCUGUAAGAAGCUUCUAGGUUUUUUUGACGCUCACGAGGACCGGCUUGAACACAUCACGUUCAGCGAAUGCGUGGCGGUGGAUGUAAUCGAAUGGGAAUGGAAAGAGACCUGGGGAGACAUUUUCAAGGUACUCGCGAGCGCUGAGGCUCCGCCACUGCAAUAUCUUGAAAUCAGUGCCAUUGAGGGCCCGGUACGACUAGAGGCGGACUUGGAAAGCGUGGACGUCACGAAAUUGCCUGAGGCCCGGGGAUUUGCCUAUAUUAGUGGUAACAGGGAGUUAAGAUGGUCUAAACGACACGGUGCUCUUUAUCCAGGGGAUACGCGUUGGCACAUGGAGCUGCGAGAGAUUAUCAAUGAGAACAAGAUGAGGGGUGAGCGAUCGACUAAGCGCCUUUGAUGAGGAGUUCGCGGGAAGUUCUCCUUCAGUCCUUAGAC